AUGUCAUCCGGAGUUGCUGGUUGUACUCAAAUCGCUUCAAAGAGUGUAGAGGGUCGCAUGGAGGCUCAAGUACAGCUCAUGAAGAGUCAAAUUGACUUCCUACAUGAAGCUUUGGCCGAGGUUAAGGAGGCAAACCGAGACUUGUCUCAAAUGCUUUCAAAUCAGCAAGAUAAAGCUAUGGUAAGUUUUGAGAAAAUUGCUGAAAAUUUAAGAGUCUUAUGUGAUCGUUUUGAAGUUAAACAAGUACCCUCGUAUGCUGGAAUGUUGCAAGUGUCAUUGCCUUUGUUUUAUGGUUGUCAUAGAGAAUAUGAUACUUGGGAAAAGAGCAUAGAGAAUUUGUUUGUGUUGCUUAACAUAGAGAAAGAGAGUGAGAAAAUAGCCUUAGCUAUAGGUUGUUUUCGUUCUAAUGCUUUGAAUUGGUGGAAGCUAGUUUCAAAUAUCUAUUCGCAUUAUUGGUUUCGUAACUUGGAUGAUUGGAAUGAUUUGAGAAGUGCUUUGCGAGAAAGAUAUGCUGGUACUAACACCUUUGAUGAAGCAAAAGUGAAGUUGCUCAAUUACCGUUUCCACUAUGGCUUGGACAAGUGUUUCAAACAACAUCCAAAGAUAAGGAGACAAUCAAGGCUCUAUGAGGCAUACUAUGCUGCCUUAGAAGUGGAAAGAGAGCAUGAUACUUCUUGUGGUUGGAAUGGUCCAAUUGAGGAUCGGGGUAUAGAGGUUGAUGAUUCGAGGACGAAUCCUCUUAAAGAAGGAGGGGAUGAUGAGAAUCAUGUAGCCUUCCAUGGAGGUUCUCCUAGUGAGGGGAAUGAGUUAGUCCUUCAUUCUAGAUUUGGAAUGCCAAGUUUACUUUGCAGGCCAAUCAAGGAAGAAAGGAUGGAUCUUGACUACCUAUGUGAUAGGGAGUUGGUUCAAGAGAGCUAUGAUCAAGGUGAUGAGAAUGUCAUUAACUUUGGGGUGCAAACCAAAGGAGAUGAAGACCUCAUGGAAAUAAGUGCUGAAGAGUAUCAAGAGAGUUUGACUCUGUGUGCUCCAUGA